AUGGCCUCUCCGUCUCCGAAAUCACCAGAACAAAGUGAGAAAAAUAAACAGUACGACCGGCAAUUAAGAUUAUGGGGGGAUCAUGGCCAAGCUGCAUUAGAAAAUGGUCAUGUUUGUUUGAUAAACGCUACUGCUUUAGGAACAGAAAUAUUAAAAUCCAUUGUUCUUCCUGGUGUAGGAGCUAUAACGAUUGUUGAUCAUAUUAUAGUAAGUGAUGAAGAUAUAGGUAGCAAUUUUUUUUUGGAAUAUUCGAGUAAAGGACUAAAUAGAGGAUCAGAAACUCUUAGACUUUUAUUAGAGUUAAACUCUGCAGUUCAAGGACAUGCUGUACAAGAAACACCAGAACAAAUACUUCAAGAUAACCCUGAUUUUUUUAAAUCUUUUAGUGUUGUUGUAGCUACAUCACUUGGAGAAAAAAUUAUUCAAGAUUUAACACAGCAUUUAUGGGAUAUUAAUGUUCCAUUUAUAUUAUGUACAUCUGUUGGCUUUUUAGGAUCUUUUAGAAUACAAAUAAAUGAACAUGCAAUAAUUGAAACACAUCCUGAAAAUGAACAAAUUGAUUUACGUUUGGAUGUACCAUUCCCUGCUCUAGCGGAUUACUUAGAUUCUUUUAAUUUAGAUAAUCUGGAAUUAAAAGAUCAUGGUCAUAUACCUUGGAUUGUUAUUUUAUAUAAAGCUGUCCAGAAAUGGCAAAUUACAAAUGAAAAUAGGUGGCCUAUGAGCAGAAAGGAAAAAAAUGGAAUUAAAGAAAUUAUCCAAGAAUUCAUACGAAAAGAUGAAAAUGGUAUACCUAUUGAAGAGGAGAAUUUCGAAGAAGCUUUAAGAGCUGUUAAUACUGCUCUGGUCCCAACAUUUUUGCCAGUAAAGAUCCAAAAUCUUAUUUAUAGUAGUUCUGCUAUAAACUUGUCCAAAGAAAGUUCACCAUUCUGGAUAAUGUGUUCAGCACUAAAAGCUUUUGUUGAAGCAGAAGGAAAAGGAAAGUUACCACUUAGAGGUGUUUUGCCGGAUAUGACUGCUUCUACAGAACAUUAUGUAAAGCUUCAAAGUAUGUAUAGGGCACAAGCAGCUAUGGAAGCCGAGAUAGUUUAUAGAAAAGUACAGGAAAUUGUUGCCCAGCUUCACUGUGAUCAUAUUAGUGAAAAUGAUGUUAAACUGUUUUGCCGACAUGCUCAUGAUCUUUAUCUUAUGAAAGGUUCAAAUAUAGCAGCUGAAUAUCAGUUAGGCAAUGCUGUAGCAUCUUAUAUAGCAAGAUAUUUGGAAGAACCUGAUGUUUUGAUGGUCCACUAUAUAAUGUUAAGAGCUGCAGAAAAAUUUAGAUCUGAGCAUUGUCGUGCACCUGGGGAAUGGGAACCAGAAGGUGAUAUAGCAAAAUUAAAAGCAUGUGUUUCUAAACUUUUAAGUGAUAUAUCUUGCUCACCAUUUUCAAAAGAUGAUCAUAUUCAUGAAAUGUGUAGAUAUGGUGGUGCUGAAAUUCAUAGUGUAUCUGCUUUUCUUGGAGGAUGUAUAGCACAUGAAGUCAUCAAAAUUGUUACAAAGCAAUACAAGCCUGUUAAUAACACUUUUAUAUAUGAUGGAGCUUCCUCUAAUACUGCUGUUUUUACGUUU